AAAACCUAUUUUACAGCAGUUUCUAUUGCAUUGACACUGUUAUUUGUGUUAGUUUUGUGUGCUUUGUUGUCCAUGCUUUGUGACACACCAAUUCAGUGCAUUUUUCCAGCAGGGAAAAUUGUGAGAUUGUAGGUCAGGAGGAUGACUGCUCUAGUGUACUGCUCAUUGAUUGUGGUUUUAUUGUGUCUUUGUGGAUACUUAAACGCAACGGAUGCUACUCAAGGACAAACUGCAGUAAAGCCAGGAGAGUGUCCACCCCAAACACCUGGAAGCUCCUGUACCAGGUUAUGUGACUGUGACUCUAACUGUCCUGACAAUGAGAAGUGUUGCAGCAAUGGAUGUGGACGUUACUGUACAUCUCCUUAUACAGUGAAGCCGGGUCAAUGUCCCAAACUGAAGAGCGUUCCAGAAUGUGCUGAAAGCUGUUUCCAUGAUGGCCAGUGUCCUGCUGCACAGAAGUGUUGCCCAACCAUCUGUGGCCAUGUAUGUAGUGAACCAGAGGGUCAGGGAAGCGGACAGGGACAGGGUCAGGGAAGCGGACAGGGACAGGGACAAGGUCAAGGACAGGGACAAGGUCAGGGAAGCGGACAGGGACAGGGACAAGGUCAAGGACAGGGACAAGGUCAGGGACAAGGUCAGGGAAGCGGUCAGGGAAGCGGACAGGGACAAGGUCAGGGAAGCGGACAGGGACAAGGUCAGGGAAGCGGACAGGGACAAGGUCAGGGAAGCGGACAGGGACAAGGACAAGGUCAGGGACAGGGACAAGGUCAGGGAAGCGGACAGGGACAGGGACAAGGUCAGGGAAGCGGACAGGGACAGGGACAAGGUCAGGGAAGUGGACAGGGACAAGGUCAAGGACAGGGACAAGGUCAGGGAAGUGGACAGGGACAGGGACAAGGUCAAGGACAAGGUCAGGGAAGCGGACAGGGACAAGGUCAGGGAAGCGGAUGGGGUCAGGGAAGCGGACAGGGUCAAGGUCAGGGACAAGGUCAGGGACAGGGACAAGGUCAGGGAAGCGGACAGGGACAAGGUCAAGGAGAGGGACAAGGUCAGGGAAGCGGACAGGGACAGGGACAAGGUCAGGGAAGUGGACAGGGACAAGGUCAGGGUGGUGCCUGGGGAAAUGUUCGGGCACGUGGUCCCAGUCAGGGAUGUAGUCGGGCACAUUAAUACGUGGGCUUUUUUGCAUGAAUACUUGCUGGAAGUUUUUCAAUUCAGUGCUCUUAUUCAUGGAUUCCCCCACCCCGUUUAAACGUUUUAGAAAGAUUUAUUGUCCCCAUUCCUCAAAUAAAAAUGCUUGAUUGCAGAA